AAUGCAGGUAAUGUCCAGCUUCCUACAGGUGAUUCAGCCAAAGUGUCUCAUGUUGGAAGUUGCCAACUGAAUGGAGAAGAAACUAUUACAGGAUCUCUUCACUGGGAAGGUGAAUGAGAUUGGUAAGAAGGAAGGGGAGCUCUAUGUGCUUCAUACACAAAGAAGAUUAAAGAGUCCAGCUAAGUCUUUUGCAGUAGUAAAAGCUGAUACUGAACUGUGGCAUAAGAGAAUGGGACAUGUUUCGUUUCCAGUCAUUAAGAAGUUACCUAAUUUCACUAGUAGUGAUAGUACUAAAAUAAGCCAUUGUGACAUUUGUCCAUUGGCAAGACAAGCUAGGAUUCCAUUUCCCAUAAGUACUACUAGAGCAGUAGAUUGUUUUGAUUUACUGUCCUUACAAAGCCUUAACUCAUAAUGGAAAAAGGUUUUUUUUCACA